CGUCAAAGUCAGCACAAAUCAAAGUUACUCAGUCUUCUUUAUAACGACACUACCAGGUGUAUGAGGUUUCACACAAGAGCCUUAAUUUAUCUUUAGGUGACUGUCAAUUCGCCCAGGGUUCAAGGGGCUGUCAAUACUCUUUUGCCCUGAACCAAUACUUCGAGAAAACGUCUCAAAAAUGGAGGACAAAACCCCUUGCAGCAUUUCACUUAAUUUGAUACUAGAUAAAAAAGAGCUUCAGUCAAAACUUAAGAGUUCAGUAGGUAUUGGUCAUUGGAAUGCGUAUAGUAGGAGUGAAAAGUAUUUAUCGGAACAACCAACGAAUAUGGAAAUAGAUUCUGCUGAAUUAACAAAGCAUACAAAAUCUGAUGAUAUGUGGAUAGCUUUAAAUCAUCAAGGGAAAAGUAAGAUCACAUUAUAA